AUGGCUAGGAGCUUAUCUGACCAGAUGAUUCAGGUUUGCCGCAUUCAGCUCAGGUUCGCAUCGUCGGAGGACUUCGAUGUUGCCUAUGACCAUGUUCGUGAACUGGGUUUAUGGUUCACCCCAACACAGAAGUCACGGUCCGCAGUGCCUCCUACCUCAACGCAGCGCAGUGGUCCAGCUUGCCCACCUUCUCAAUUAUCGGAGGUUAGUGAACGACCUGGUACCGCUGUGCCAUAUUCUUCGGCACCGAGUCAGAACCUGAAAGAUGUAGGACUACGCCCGUCGACUGCUUCAUUCUUCGACCCUAGCUCCACAGCAAGCUCUCGACGACCUGAUUCAGCUGCAUCCUUGUCGACUCAUGAGCCGAGUAGCCGCCUCCCACUUUCAAUUCGCCCAGAUACUGCAAAUUCCAUCCUUUCGAGCGACCUCCCCCCUCGCCGUGAGCUUCCUUUCGAGCGACUAGAUACGGCAGACUCAACCGGCACCAGGCCUGGAAGCCGACCACUCAGCGCAAUGAUGGGACCACCUGGGAUGCCUGCAUCGAAGUUUGCAGGUAUCAAGAGGCCGAAUUCGAAAACAGGGAGCAGCCACGGUGCGGAGCUUGCUCCUCUGCGGAAGCCGACAUACAUCAGCAAAACCCUCACGGGCCAAGCGGCUGGGCUACGGGCUGAAGCGGGCUCUAAAUUGAAUGCUAGAGACACAAUGCGUCCGCAGUCUGCAAUUACUCAGAACACGUACACUGCUAUGCAGCACAUGAUGAGCUCCGCUCCGGUCCUGAUACCGACCACCCCAAGACCAGCAAGCAGCUACAACACUGCAACUACGCAUCUACUCAAUGCCGUCACCAAUAGCCAUAGUCAGGCUGAGACGUCUGUCGCCCUUGCCACGCCUCCUGGAUCUGACAUAAACAUGCUUGGCUCGAGCCCUCCGCAGACUAAGGGUAAUAAUGAGCAGCACGCAGAAGAGCUCGCGACGUAUGCACAACAGUCGAACGACGCCCGCCUGAGUGAGCUCAACAACUUCAUCUUCCAGCACCUACAGGACGAUAAUUUUCUUACACUGGUUGACGAUAUGCAGAUGACCUGGGCGCGGAUUGGGACAGGGCUCGAGUAG